CUCCACCUCCUCCUUCUCCUAGCAGCCUGGUGUGUAAGGAAGAGAGAUGAAAAACCUGUAAAAAAAAUAAAAAUAAAUAAAUAAAAUAGGCGAGUAGGGAUUGGCUUUUUUUUCCAGUUUCUUGGGAUCAGAACAGGCGUCACGGCGGGUGCAGGGGGCAGCGCGCGGAGUACGGAAGGGAGGAGGCGACAGCGGAGCGUAAACACGACAGAAAACGGGCGAAUAGAGCGGCGAACAGCGGUGACCCCCCACCACCACCGACACCAUCACCUUCUCAUCUCCAUCCCGUUCGUUUUUUACGCUGUUUGACUCGGCGGCUCCGCUCGCGAGAGUAGCUUCUUGUUAGCUCCGGGUUUUUGCGGAAUAAACAUCGGAGGCAGAAAUAAGGAGGCUGUGCACGAGCGCCAGCAGCAGCAGCGGAACGAACCGACAGGAUUCUCCGCGAGCUCAGGACGCUUCCGCGGCGGAUAAAACCCCAGAAAGGAGAGUCGGGAGAGGCAAAGAGGAUUGUAGCUGCUGAGAAGGAGCGGAGCGGAGAUCUCCCCCCACCCCUCCACCGACCCCCCGGUUCUUCCCUCCGAGUCUCCAGCAUCACCAAUGCGAUGGCAUAGCGGCUCCUGCAGCAAUACCGAAAGGCUCGAGUCAGAUCGGCGCUGCUCGUCUCCACCAUGAACCUCUGAAAAGACAUCCGACACGGGCACAGAUGGGCAGGAUCGCUCGGCAGCAACAGUGUGGAAAGCAACCAUUGACAUAAGCAACCUGGAUUAAUUUCGACAGUCAUGACUUGGCUUAGGUGGCCCAGGGCAUGCCUCGGCCUGCUGAAUUCACCACAAAAAUGGCGGCGGCUGCUCCAUCCGAUGAAAAUGCGGCGGCACAGAGUGUUCUUGCUGUGCACGGUGGGUCUGUGUGUCAUCUCCUUCCUCCAUUACUACAAGGCCCUGCACUACGUCUCCCUGCUGCGCGAGCUCUCCGCUCCGUACCCCAACAUCAAGUCCUUCAUCAUGGUCUCUGGCUUCUUCUGGAGGGAGAAGGGCGUCGCUGCCACCCCGCUCAGUCCCGCCUCUCCCGAAGAGGCCCCGCCGCUGCCCGUCCUCCACCAGGGCGCGGCGAAGCCUGGCGGAGGGGCGGGGUCUCUGGGGGAUGGAGGCGGAGGAGGGGGAGCGGUAGACCCGGGAGCGUUGGACGUCAGAGUGGCCGGCGUGGCCGGCCUUAAACAUUUCGAGGUGAGAGCGAUGAAGGAGCCGGAGCCUCCGCAUCCCUGGGAAAAACCAGAGGAGAACCAGCUGGGAGACUCGCCAAGAGAGAAACAAAGUGACAAUAGUCACGUUGAACCCAACCUACAAAAACUGCGGGAACAAUUAGGAAAAGAAAAGCUGCCUGACCCGAUAAAGUCCAUGGGAGACCUUCACACCCGCAGUUACCAGCUCCAGGAUGAUAAAACCUCGUAUUUUGUGCGUACGAGUCGUGGGGCCUACUGUUUCAGACAGGGGACGGAGAUCAAGGAAUCCUCUGUAAAAGCAGCAGCGGGUGCGGCUGGUGACGUUUUGGACGUAGAUAAAGCCGCUCAGCGGAAACCUCUGGGGCUUCAGCAGCAGCCCGGAAAGACAAAGGGCAAAGGUCAGCCUUUGGGCAGCGGGAAGCAGCUGGUGAAGUGUGUUUGCCGGCCGGGCUGGCACGGACCUUACUGUGGGGUUCCCACCAUGGUGUACCACUCCAACCUGCCAACGAAGGAGCGGCUGACGCCCAGAAAGACGCCGCGGAGAGUCAUCAACGCCAUCAACAUCAACCACGAGUUCGACCUGCUGCACACGCGCUUUCACGAGCUUUCGCAGGCCGUGGACUUGUUCCUGGUGUGCGAGUCAAACUUUACCGCAUACGGAGAGAAACGGCCGCUGAGUUUCCUUCGUCUCCUUCUGAACGGAACGUACGACUACGUCCGUCAUAAGAUCCUCUAUGUGUUCCUCGACCACUUCCCCGACGGCGGCCGGCAGGACGGAUGGAUAGCCGACGACUAUCUGCGGACGUUUCUGACACGCAACGGCUUGUCCAGGGUGAAGGGGGCCAGGUCAGACGACGUGUUCAUCAUCAACGACGCCGAUGAAAUCCCGGCGCAGGAAGGCCUCCUUUUCCUCAAGUUGUUCGACGGUUGGACCGAACCGUUUGCCAUACACAUGCGAAAGUCUUUGUACGGCUUCUUCUGGAAGCAGUUUGGGACUCUGGAGGUGGUGUCCGGCUGCACGCUCAGGAUGCUCCGCGACGUCUACGACGGCGACGGCAUCAAGCUGCGGCGACGCGAAUACUACACCAUGCCAGGCUUCCGCAAGUAUGAGAACGACACAGGCCACAUCCUGGUGCAGUGGUCCGUGGGGAGCCCCUUCCACUUCGCCGGCUGGCACUGCUCCUGGUGCUUCACGCCCGAGGGGAUUUACUUCAAGCUGGUGUCGGCGCAGAACGGGGACUUCCCCAGGUGGGGGGACUACGAAGACAAACGCGACCUCAACUACAUCCGGGAACUGAUCCGGACAGGGGGCUGGUUUGAUGGCUCCGUGCAGGAAUAUCCCCCUGCGGACCCCAAAGAGCACAUGUUCGCCCCCAAGUACAUAAUGGAGAACCAUAAAAGGUAUCACUACCUCCUAGAGAACCCUUAUAAAAACAAAGUCCAGAACGACUGAAGUCUGAGAGACCACGCUUUGGGAACAUACCUAACAGAAGUGCCCGAGAGAGGCCUUCGCACUGAGCUCUCGAGGUGGGCUGACACCGACGGACGAAAUCUCGACGGACGACGAUGACAAAGGUGAUGCAGGAAUUUAAAAGCUCUUCAAAUUAUUUGGGGGUUUUAAAAAGGGAACAUGACAACAAUGGGUUUAUAAGUUCAGCUUCAGCAGGACGAAACCACUGGAUGAACAAAAAUAAAAUAAAAAAUCACUGCUUUCCCCGUCGUUCCGUCGUCACAGUGAGAGGCCAAGCUAUUUCUCCUCGCCCGCUUACUUUGUAUCUCAUCCCCCACUGGACACACUUGUAGGAAGAAAAAUAAAUAAAUAAAAAAAAAGGCAGGGAACCAACAAGCGUUUUUAUUUUAUUUUAUUUUUUGCCUGUUCCUGUCUGCUUUCACUGAGGCUUACAGCCUCCAGACGCUCAGCUUUCAACCCCCUCACCCUCUGAUGUCUUCCUGUCAUACUCGGUGACCUCCUUCCAGAGCUGGACGCGGGUUCAGAAGCAAAACAUGGAGACCUUAAGGUCUGCUGAGAGUACCAAACAAGUGUCACAGGUUUCUGCUCACGUUCAUGAUCAUGCACCUUAAGCUCGUCUGCGUGGUUGUAAAUAGUGUGCGUAUGUGUGUGUGUGUGUGUGUGUGUGUGUGUGCUCUGUUUGUGCCGUUCGGACUAAGAAAAUCAAUGCGAGUGAAGAAGGUUCAUGAAGGAAAAAGUGUGCCGUAAUGAAAAGGAAAUAAAAUGAAAUACCACAUGGAUGGUGUGUACUGAGUUGGGAGUGUGUUUUCCAGAGCUUACGGUCAGAUUUGAGCAAAACGUUUUGGUCUCAUCAGGGGAGAAGCUGCAGCCUUGGGUUUUCAGAUCUGUCCGGUUAGCAGCUGGGGUCGCCGGGUUUUCCUUGGAAUCUUGCAGAGAAGGAGUGGUGGUGGUGCGGCGUGAGGAUGUUCACACAUCGGCGCUUAGAUGCGUCUGAACAC